AGUUGAUGGGACCCUUGAUUUUGAAGUUACAACAGAUGCAAUGGCGGCCUUUUACUGAUUUAUCAACACCUAUUCCACUUAUCAUUACAAAUGAAACCAAACUGACAUAAUUACUCGGUUAAUGAGACUGAAUGCAACGAUAGCAGUGAUUGACUCGCUGUCCAUUCACAAUGAAGCAGAGAGAUUUAACGACACAACGACAUCAGAGAUAAGAGAUAUCGAUAUUUCUUCUGUACCGCCCUUAACAGCUUCAACUCUUUCGCCAGUGACCAGUCUAGAAACAACACAAGAAAUGACGUCCACAUCAUUGCUGAGAGACGCAACGUCAACACCAAACGCAGUUUCUACGGAUUUCACUCAAAGUACAAUUAAGAAAAGUCUUCACCUGUUGAUCAAACACAAACUAUUACGUCUGAGUACUCGCAAACAACAUCAGCGAUUUUGGCGGCAAAUGAAUCAACCACAGCAGGGACAUCGAAUACGACUUCAAUGACAGAUACUGUAACUGAUUCGAGCUUUUUUCAGGUUCCUUGAGCACGUCAGUAGACUUUCAAGACUUUUUUACAACUGACUCCGUAGGCGCACUUUCUCUCACAGACAAAUCGACUGGUGAAUCCCGUAUUGCAGAUACCAACCCAGGCACGCUAGGAUAUGUAACAACAGAUGUAGUAAAAGUGAGAGAUGAACUAUCAACAAGAAGCUUCGUUGAAGAAACAUCAACUAUUCCUACCACUGGAACAUAUACUUCUACCCGUAAUAUAACAAUUGCAUCAGUCGGUAGAUGUUGUAACAUCAAAAGGUGAUUUUCAAAAACUGAUAUUUCUCAAAUAAGUGCCGGUUUAUCUACUUCAGAUAUGCCAGUACUUAAUAGAACUAGAAAAGAAGACGUGGAUAAAAGCCUUGAUUAUUGGGACCCAAGUCUCGCAACAGAUAUACCUAUAAUCGAUGAAUAUACAAGAACUGUAGGAUCAACCGAAGUAAUGAAAUCAUUACAAACGAAAGAGGGAACGCCAUAUACAGAUACGUUAAUAACUAGUACAAGUGCAUUAGAUAUUUUAAAAGAUAAUACAGAUCAAGCCAAUCAAACCACUUUAGCCACCAAUAUUAUUCCAAAUAUAACUGAAAAUAUUGCCAUUUCUAUCGCCAACGAAACAACCAGUACAUUUACAACUGAUACACCGAACACUACUACUGGACAUACAGAUAUAUCAUCAGAUUUUGUUGUCACUCAAACAUUACUUGUUACAGAGAAAGUGGCAAGUAGCACCGACAAUUACACAGGACCAAUUUUGAAUCAAACCACAUUGAGCCUACUUUCAACAGAAAGUCAUAUGGUAUCAGAAAGUACUAAACAUGUAGAUCAUGAGACCUCUACGGCAAGAUAUGUAAAUACAAACGUCUCCUCUCCCAUCUAAAAUUGAAACUGCUACUAACAUCUCAGAGCCAGCGUCAACGCAUGCCGUCACCACAGGUUUAGAUUUAACUGAUUACACAACAUCCGUUUAUUCUGAUUCAUCGCUUACUGCAACCGAUAUAUGGGACAUAGGAACUCAGGGAGCGGUCAUUAAUGAAACAUCUGAAACAACGACCAUCUCUUCGUCCGCGGACGCAAUGAACCUUACCUCAGAAAAAACAGUCAUUGAAACAACACAAAGUUCCGCAAUAAAAGCUGCGACACAUAAUUUUACUGCUCGCUUAGAUUUGAAUGAAUCAAUUUUAUCCUCAUCAGAAGCAGCUACCGAAGCAGUUACCCCAAUCGGUACCUUCGCCAAUAACUUCUGAAUCAGCAGACCGACAAAUAAUAAUCACACCUGGGACCACAGAAAGAACACCGGACCGAAGUUUUGAAACCACAACCGUUGUGAAUGUUUCUGAUGCAACUAUCAAUGAAACGAAACAUGCUAAAAUUUCAUUAACCAGUGAUGGAAAUGACACUACACUUACUCAAUUUGCGACAACUAAGACAUAUAAUGUUUCUGAAGAAAUGCCAACUUCCACAUUAGCUGUUAGUCAGGACACUAUUGCUUCAACUUCAUCUAGUGCAAGCCUUCUAAAGGAGUUAACUUCUGAUACACCCUUAAUGUUUGAUAAAACAACAAUGCAACAAUACACCGAAGAAAUGACCACCGUUGCUACAACAUCAAACGAUUUGACACAUAAAAAAACAAACGGAAAAAGUUUUGCCACUGGAGACGGAAUCAAAGACAAAAACCAACGCUUCGUUUGCGGAUGCUUCUUCUGGACUACCUUUGUUUCCGACAAAGAAACGUUACCAACCACAACACUUAUUGUGCCAAGGAAAACAGAUUCGACGGAUAUUGUACUCACCGACUUAACAUCGGAAAUUCCAGGUUUCACCGAUGAACCUAUUAUAACAACACCAAAAAUGGAUUAUACGUUAGCUUCUGCUGAUAAAAAUAUUUCACUGAGUCGUAUGGUAAUUGCAAACAAUUCCGAGGCAGUAAUUGUAGUCAAACAAGUUACCGCAACUGUCAAAGUGCCCUCACAACUGAAAUAAUGCCAAGGACAAAUGUGUUUAUCGAACCUGUUACUGUGUUGAUGCAUACAACUCAGACACCUCUGCCAGUUUUAACAACAGUUUUGACUCAAAACGAUACAUCAACCACCCUUCUAGAUUCAAAAUCUGGCCUUAUAGAGACAAACGGAAACAUCAGUUAAAACCAAGGAAGUGAACACUGUAGUUGACAUUACGGCAGAUAUAAUGUAUUCAGACACGUAUCUCGAUUAUACGACCGUAGCAACGGAUUAUGCUGCAGUGUUUUCGUUGGAAACCAUGGUUUCCGCAAAUCCAAAUAGCAGUGCAAUAUCGGUUGAAUCGUUCAUCACCUCGGGUCAUUCACUGGAAGAUAUAAGCAACGGUUCACUGAGCGACAACACGACCACAACGAUACUUGAUAAGGUCAAAGACCCGUCAAGUGUGUCUCUAAGCGGCACAUUGACAUCAAAUGAUAGUAAACUGCUAGCAGAAAAUGUUACAGCUCGUACGGUCUCUGUUUCUCCUAUAGAGCAAGCCGAAACAAAUAUUACUGACGAAACUUCUGGUACAACAACCGGAGUUAUUGACAUAACAUCCGAUGUUCAAUCAACCAAAAUCCCUGUUCAGCAAACGAUAUCUCCGAAGAAAUCACCGAGUGCCCUUGCUCCUAUCGAAACUUUCGAGUCCAGCGCUAAGUUCCACACAUUCAAUUUUACUGAUGUACUAAAAGAUAACAGUAGCGAAGAGUUCAACAAGAUGGAAACAGAGUUCUGCAAUGCAAUCAAAGACAUGUUCACUGAUCGUGAUUCCACCGGUACGACUCGAAUUCAUGAAUGUGAGGGCAUCGAAUUUAUAUUCACCCGUCGCAGCAAAUGA